CCGCAUUGCCUCGGUCCCUCCUUCCCCCGCCGCUCCCCUCCCGGACAAGUUUAAACCCCCCCGAGUCCGGGUUCGGCUGUCGGGGGUGCUCCGCGGAGAGGCUGCCCCGUUGCUGCCUAUGAGGGUGCCGCGGGGCCGGGCGAGCCAUGGACGGCGGCGGCGGGGGGGUGCCGGCCGCCCUGGAGAAGAACGCGGCGGAGCUGACGGUCAUGGACGUGUACGACAUCGCCUCGGCCGUGGGGCAGGAGUUUGAGCGGGUGAUCGAUCAGCACGGCUGCGAGGCCAUCGCCCGCCUCAUGCCCAAGGUGGUGCGGGUGCUGGAGAUCCUGGAGGUGCUGGUGAGCCGCAACCACAUCAACCCCGAGAUGGAGGAGCUGCGCCUGGAGCUCGACCGCCUGCGCCUGGAGAGGAUGGACCGCAUCGAGAAGGAGCGGAAGCAUCAGAAGGAACUAGAACUGGUGGAGGAUGUCUGGAGAGGGGAGGCACAGGACCUUCUCACCCAGAUUGCACAGCUGCAGGAGGAGAAUAAACAACUGAUGACAAACUUGUCUCACAAAGACAUUAAUUUCACAGAAGAGGAAUUUCAGAAGCAUGAAGGGAUGUCAGAGAGAGAGCGGCAAGUCAUGAAGAAGCUGAAGGAAGUGGUAGAUAAACAGAGGGAUGAAAUCAGAGCAAAGGACCGGGAACUCGGACUUAAAAAUGAGGAUGUAGAGGCUCUUCAGCAGCAACAGAACAGGUUAAUGAAGAUCAACCACGACCUGCGGCACCGCAUCACUGUUGUUGAGGCUCAGGGGAAGGCGCUGAUCGAGCAGAAGGUGGAGUUGGAAGCUUAUCUUCAAACCAAGGAGCAGGAGAUGGGCAACCUGCGAGCAGAGCUGGGGAGACUGAGGGAAAAACUGCAGGGUGAGGACAGCCAGAAUGGGGAGGAGGUGAAGGCAGAACCCAACAAUGAUGACUGCCUCUCUGACUCAGAGAAGAUGGCAUUGGACUUAAAAGAUCCCAAUCGUCCCAGAUUCACCUUGCAGGAGCUCCGGGAUGUCCUUCAUGAGAGGAAUGAAUUGAAAUCUAAAGUGUUUUUACUUCAGGAGGAGCUUUUAUACUACAAAAGUGAGGAAACAGAAGAAGAAAUGAGAUCCCCUCAGCCUACACCCAUAAUUCAGCCUAAACCCUCAACUCAGCCUGAAUCUGGAAUCAAACGACUGUUUAGUUUCUUCUAUCGGGAUAAGAAACGCAUGCAGGCAUCACAGAAAAAUGUGCACUUCCAGGAUACUUUUGGAGAAUGGUCAAACUCACAUAGAGAUGACUCCUACACCGAGCAAGGACAAGAAGCCCUGCAGCACCUGUGACUAAAGCCUCGAGGCGUUCCGUUUACCCCAGUAGAUCUUGACACGCUAGUAACAAGAAGCUUCUGUAACCAAAAUCUGGCAGCUCAUCACUUUCAUUUGCCUUGUGCACCUCAGCGUGUUUGAGAUGGACUCUUCAAGAGGGACUCCUCAGUGUUUGCUUGGUGACUGUUUGCUGGAAACAGAAUCCAAGCUUUGUAGUGAACAGUUGCUGAUGCCCUGGGACACCGAAGCUUCUAGACGACUUGUUUUGUGCUAAAUAAGAAGUCUAUGGUCUUGGUCAUGCAUUAACUACAGUAACACAAGCUUCUUUAAACCAAAAAAGGACCUGUGCCAUUAUUAGAGGCUGUUUGCAGUGUACAAUAUCUAGUGGCAAAGACUCUUUUACCCUGAUUGUUAACACUAUUGGUUGUUUGCUUUUGCUUUUGGUGAGAAUCUUUUCACGAGGGACACACAGCUGCAACUCCACAGCAGGUCACAGCACUGCUGUGUCCUGUCACGUUCAGCUGACAUCUGCAUUCCGCAGAGGAGCCGCUCGGAAAUCCACCCAACACAAAGAGAUAAACUGGAGUAGCCCUGAGAGGGACAGUGCGUGUACAUUUCCCUGCUGCUUAUAGUGCCUAAAGCAUGAAGAAACUGAUGUAGGAGGUGAGCGUGCCUUGCGUUUUGCCAUGAGGUCUGCAGUGGUAAUGGAAAACAAGUUGCUUCUAAGGAGGAAUUCAAACACUUGAAUUCUUUCCUUCUUACCAGGGACUUCCCCCUAGAGCAGCAGGCAGCUGCUGUCAAGGAAUUAGAUCUCUUUCCCACAGACAGGUUUUUAAUGAAGUCACACUCCACUUCUCUAUGUAGAUAAGAUUGCCUAACUUGAGAGUAAAAGACACCCUUAGCAAGCUGACAUGAGCUGUUUUAACUGACUUAGACGUGACCCCAGCUCAAAAUGCUUUCUCUAACUAAUCUCAACACUACUUCUGUAUGUGCAGGCUGCUCUGCUGGUGGUGGCUGAUGUCUGGGUAACUGAUGGUUAUAGGGCCUUAACUUGCCAGUAAUAUCCCAACACAGCUGAACUGCCGGGAGGUGGGAUUUAGAUCCGCUUUGCAACUGAGCUUGUGGGACCCUUGGGGCUCACUGAGGUUGUACUUAGAAAAACCAUGACACUAGAGCCCUGUGUGGUGUAACUGUCAGGUACAGCUGGGUGUCAGCUCUCACCCUGCCUCUGCACCACGCUCUAUGAAAGCACCCAACCAGGCAGGAGAGGGUGAGCACAUCCAUGGCUGUGUGUGAGAGAGGUGCUGGGGUCAUCCUGUGCCCUUGGCUGUGUGCUGGAGUACGUGCUGCUGGUGAGGAGCUGGCUGUAGGCAACUUCUGCACAUGUAGCUUAGGGUAAGGGGCUUCACCCCCAGCAACUACAUCUGCUCUGUAAAGAGCCUCUUCUCAGGAGUGGCACUAACAAAAGGAGACAAUGCUCAGGCUGGAGUAAAGCUCCCACUACUCCAGGUAUUGAAUGUAGGAGGCAGUCCCAAAGGUCUCCUAGGUGACAGUGAGACAAGGGUUUAGCACAUAGCACUUGUUUUUAAUACAGGGUGAUCCAAGACUCUGGAUUCUUCAGUGUGUGUGAGCCCAUCUGGAGUGAAACUGUGCCAGGAAACCGUGCUUUGCAAGGGUGGGCUGGAUGCUGCUUCACUCCCGACUGUAAUCCUGCUUCAUUUUGAACAUAGACCUUCCCUAUGUUUAGGUGAAGUGUCUCCUGUGCCCCCUGGUAUGGCAGAGGAUGUGUGGUCUUAAUAUGAAACACAUCUGCAUCUGAAACAGUGUUGAUAGCAUCUCACACUAGGAUUAGGCAGAUAAGUUUCUGCCUGGUUAUGUUUUGGUAACAUGUCUUAAGUUUUAUGCUUGCAGAAGCUGUAUCCAUAAAACAGCAGCACUUCCUUGUGAGAAAAGCAGUUCUUAAGUGGGGGGAAUGCCUUUGUUUAGUGAUACUUAAGUUGCUCAGAUCUCAAUUUCACUUCCAUAUUAGAGAAAAAAAUAAAUACACUACAGUUAUAUCAGGCAGUUAACAUAAAUACUGAAUGAUUCCCAUCAAGCCUCUCCCUAGCAUAGUUUACAGUUGUUUGGCACAUUUAGAAUAGAUGCAGUAAUCAGAAACAAUGCAAGAAUGCAGCAGACACAUGGCCUGAAUAAGCACAUUGUUCCUGCAAUCAGCUGAGAGCAAUGAGCUGGGGUAACAGAAACACACGGACUGGUGUCCCAGCACCUCAGCUGGUGCAUUACACAGGACAGCUCCUGGCCUCCUGCACGUAAAGCUCGUCCCAGACACCACAGCCCUGCUGCCACCCCAAACCUGCAACCAGUUCCCAACAGCAGCACUGAGCAGUGCAACCUUCCCCCACUCAUCUCUAGCCUGGUACCUCAGAAUCAAAACCAGCUACUGCUGACCUGCUGCCGUUAACCACUUCGCUCCUCAUCCUGUUUGAAAGGCUGAGUUUACACACUCCAAGUGCCAUCAGAAAGGAUGGCAGGCAGGGAAGAGGAUGGAAAGAUUUCAGGCUCUGCUAUGUAUUGUUUCUCAAGUAAAAUCUGCUCUUAGAGAAGGGGCCAGGACCUGUCGGGUGAAGGGUGCAGCAAUAUCCCAUCUGCAGUGUGCAGGAUCACUGACUUUUUUGGGAUGUUUUUUGGUUUGGGGUUUUUUUUUGGUUGGGCAGUAAAUCAU